AUGAGGAACGUCUCACUGGUGAAUGAGUUUAUUCUGCUGGGCAUCCCGCACGCAGAGGACCUAGAGACCAUGCUCUUUGUCCUGUUUCUGUCCUUCUACAUCUUCACCCUUAUGGGGAACCUGCUCAUCCUACUGGCGAUUGUCUCCUCCGCUCGGCUGCACACUCCCAUGUACUUCUUCCUGUGUAAACUGUCUGUGUGUGACAUAUUUUUCCCCUCUGUGAGUUCCCCCAAGAUGCUCUUCUACCUCUCAGGGAACAGCCGAGCCAUCUCCUACGCAGGCUGCGUGUCCCAGCUCUUCUUCUACCACUUCCUGGGUUGCACCGAAUGUUUCCUGUACACGGUAAUGGCCUAUGACCGCUUUGUUGCCAUAUGUUACCCUCUGCGCUACACAAUAAUCAUGAGUCACAGAGCGUGUGCCAUCCUGGCCAUGGGCACCUCGCUUUUUGGGUGCAUUCAGGCCAUCUUUCUAACUACACUCACCUUCCAGUUGCCCUACUGUGGCCCCAAUGAGGUGGACUAUUACUUCUGUGAUAUCCCAGUGAUGCUAAAGCUGGCUUGUGCAGACACCUCGGCACUAGAGAUGGUGGGGUUCAUCAGUGUGGGUCUCAUGCCCCUCAGCUGCUUCCUUCUCAUCCUCACCUCCUACAGCUGCAUCGUUUACUCCAUUCUUCAAAUCCGAUCGGCCGAAGGCCAAAUUGGCAAUAAAAAACCUAGGCCUUCUGUCCCUCACUCUUUGUCUUCCUCUCUUCCUAAUCCUCUCCUGUUCCCUUCUCCCUUACCCUAG